AUGGGGAUUACUCCAGAGCAUAAUACUAUUAAUCUGAUGCCGGGUUCAGGCCGGCCAAGCGAUGAGGAUGGCCCUGCCUUUCCAUCCAGCGUCGACGAUGCCGCACUCGUCCGCAAAAUUGACAUGCAUGUAAUGCCAAUGCUGUUUGCCAUUUAUUUCGUCGCAUUUUUGGAUCGAGUGAACAUUUCCAACGCGCUCACAAUGAGCAUGCCCGACGACCUGAAUUUGUACGGCCACCGGGAAAAUAUUGCCCUUCUCAUCUUUUAUAUUCCUUACAUUAUCUUUGAAAUCCCAUCCAACAUUGCCAUGAAGAAACUUAAGCCGCAAUUCUGGCUGUCAGGCUGUAUCAUUGCCUUUGGUAUUGUCAUGCUUGGCCAGGCCUUUGUUAAGAGCUAUGGUGGUCUUAUUGCGACUCGUUUCUUUCUUGGCCUUGCUGAAUGCGGUAUCUUUCCCGGCAGUUUCUAUCUGAUUAGCUUUUGGUAUAAGCGUGCAGAAGCGCAGAAGCGUUUCACCAUGUACUGGUCCUCGGUUAUCUUUGCUGGUGCCUUCGGUGGCCUACUUGCCUCUGCUAUUGCCAAAAUGGACGGCAUGCGUGGCCUAGAAAAUUGGAGAUGGAUUUUCUUGCUGGAAGGAGUUGCAUCCAUCCUGAUCGGCAUUAUCGCAUUGCUGUGCUGCCCUAAUUUCCCCCAGCAGGCAUCCUGGUUGACUGAAGAUGAAAAGGCCGCAGUGAUUGCGAAAACCCGCAACUACGAGGAUGACGAGGCCCCGGUGACGAAAUCUGACUUGGCUGAAUUCUUCAAAGACCCCAAGUCGUACCUGGCUGCGAUCAUGUACUUCACUAUUGUGGUUCCUAUCUACGCCUUCUCUUACUUUGCCCCGACCAUUAUCAAAGCCCUUGGAUAUGGAACUAUCCAAACUCAACUGCAUAGUGUGCCCCCCUUUGCCGCUGCUCUUGGACUUAGUUAUCUUACGGCAUAUUUUUCGGACCGAUGGAACAUCCGUUACCCAUUCAUUCUCCUUGGUGAUCUGCUGAUCAUUAUUGGUCUGGCCCUCAUGCUGACCAUGCAUGGAACUAGCCACUUUUCCGCGGAGUAUCUCGGCAUUUGCUUCAUCACUAUGGGCGCCUUCAGCUCCGGCGCUAUUAUCAUCUGCUGGGUCUUGAUGAACAUGCAGGGCCAUAAGCAGCGCAGUAUAGGGUCCGGCUUUGUGAUUGGUGUCGGUAAUGCCGGUGGUAUUGUCGCUGUGUUCUGUUUCACCAAAGAUGAUGCCCCAUUGUACAAGCGCGGGUACUGGAUUCUGAUGGCUAUGGCGCUCGUGGGCACGUUGAUAACGGUGACAUACGGCCUGGUGAUUGCGCGUGAGCGCCGUCGUCAGAUCCAUGUUGACAGCAAGUCGGACAAGGAAAAGAUUCUCUCCUUUUAG